AUGGAUUCCUCCUUAGCAUACAUUGUAACACUUGCAGUGAUCCCAGUUUCAAUUGCCUUCAUUUUCUUGAUCCGCAAACGAAAUUCGAGCAGCUUGACGCUUCCUCCAGGAACGUCAGGGUGGCCAAUGGUGGGAGAAAGUUUGCAGUUUGCUUUAUUAGGCCCCCAGAAGUUUGUAAAAGAUAGAAUGAAGAAAUAUUCACCAGACGUGUUUCAGACGUCCCUGAUGGGAGAAAAAAUGGCUAUUUUCUGUGGUGCACAAGGCAACAAGUUUCUAUUCACAAACGAGAACAAACUUCUAACCUCAUGGUGGCCUCAGUCCAUGAAAAAAGCUCUGCUUUUCCCUGAAUUUGUUGAGGAUUCUUUAAAGGAAGUAUCAGCUCUGAAGCGUAGUUUCAUGCAUGAUAUUCUCAAGCCUGAAGCUCUGAAGCAAUACAUUCCAGUCAUGGAUGCACUCGCUCGGGAACAUAUCGAACAAGAAUGGGCUCCUCACAAGGAAGUUAAAGUCUUCCCUUUGUCAAAAAAAUACACAUUUGAUUUAGCCUGUCGCUUGUUUUUGAGCGUUAUGGAUCCUGAGCACAUCAAGAAACUGGCUGAUCCUUUCCAUCUGGUUACCAAUGGGAUGUUCUCUGUCCCUAUUGAUCUCCCUGGAACAGCUUACAAUGGAGCUAUCAAAGGUGGAAAAAUGGUCCGUGAAGAGCUGUUGAGGGUCAUCAGGGAGAGGAGAAAGGAGCUGAUGGAGAAUAAAGAAACUGCAGCAGCAUGCAAGGACCUUCUGUCGAGAAUGCUACUUGUCACAGAUGAAGAUGGACAAUAUUUGAGUGAAAUGGAAAUCUCCAACAACAUCAUAGGCUUGUUGGUAGCAAGCUAUGAAACUACAAGCACUGCAGUCACCUUUGUGUUGAAGCACCUUGCUGAGCUUCCCCACAUUUACAGAGAGGUUCUCAGAGAACAAAUGGAGAUUGCAAAGACAAAAGGUCCAGACGAUUUGUUGACUUGGGAGGACAUUGAGAAGAUGAAAUAUUCAUGGACUGUAGCCCGUGAAUCCCUGAGGGUGACGCCGCCAGCUCAGGGAGCUUUCAGGGAAUCUGUUGCUGACUUCACUUAUGCCGGUUUUACGAUUCCAAAAGGAUGGAAGACGUUUUGGACAGUGCACACAACUCACAAAAAUCCCAAGUACUUCCCCGAGCCCGAGAAGUUCGAUCCUUCAAGAUUUGAGGGAAGUGGACCUGCUCCUUACACUUUUGUUCCUUUCGGAGGAGGACCUCGAAUGUGUCCUGGAAAGGAAUAUGCUCGGCUAGAAGUUUUGGUUUUCAUGUACAGAAUCGUGACCCAAUUUCAACUGAAAAAGGCAAUUCCAAAUGAGAAGAUAGUGUACCAUGCAUCUCCUGUGCCCGCGAAUGGGCUUCCCGUCCUUCUCCAGCCUCAUGGGAAAUAG